AUGGAGCAUACAAACAAGAGGCUUGAAAAGGUAGAGACGGACAUGCACAACAUUGAAGCACAUUUGACGAACUUAGAUUCACAGAUGGGUCAGAUUGCUCAAGCGUUGAGCGACCAGCAUAAGACAGGGCAAUUCCUAGGGUUGCCAAUUACCCCACCAAAGACUGUAGCUGAGCCAAAGACUUCACCAGCGGAAGAAACAGAAGCCGAGACAGAAAAGGAGGAACUUGAAACAUCACCUCUUGCAGUUCACCCUCCUGAGGUGAACACACUAGUCAAGCCAACAGAGGUCAGAGUACCACUUCCCCAAGUGCUGCAAAAGAAGAAGAAGGAUGAUCAGUUCUCCAAAUUCUGGGAGAUCUUCAAGAAGGUACAGAUUAACAUUCUGUUGAUUGAGGCACUGCAACAAAUGCCUGGAUAUGUUAAAUUUCUUAAGGAGGUUGUCUCCAAAAAGAAGAAGUGGGUGCAAUAUGAAACCGUCAACUUAACGGAAAACUACUGUUUUGUGGGGAAUGCUUUAUAUGACCUUGGAGCUAGCACUAACCUCAUGCCACUGUCCUUGUAUAAAAAGAUGAAGAUUGGUCCGUUGAAGCCCACCACCAUCACGCUACAGAUGGCUGAUAGAUCAGUGUCCUAUCCAAUGGGCAUUGUGGAGGAUAUAUUAGUAAGGGUAAAUGAAUUUGUCUUCCCAGCCGACUUUGUGAUAAUGGACAUGGAGGAGGACGGAAAAGUACCUCUCAUUCUAGGAAGACCCUUCUUAGCCACAGGGAAGGCCUUGAUCGAAGUCGAUAAUGGAGAGCUUACUUUUCGUUUCAAUGGCCAAAGUGUAACAUUUUCCAUCUAUGAGGACUUGAAGAGGCAUGAUGGGGAACCCGGAGGAAGCUUGCAACAUUGCAAUGUGGUGACCACGGUGGAUGAGUGUGUUAGAAGGGUGGCCUUUACCAACUCGUCAGAAGAUCAACUAGAUGGGUGCUCUAGAUUCAGUGAAGGAGAUCCCCAAUUCACGCCGUCAUCAGUUUCUACCUCUUAG